UUUUACGCAUGCGCAUUUGGCGGUAUAGCAAAGCCGKAGCACAAUGUGGAGGUCAUCUGUACAAAGGAGAUGUUUUCACUCCUCGUUGAGUUUAAUGAAGAAGCAUAAGCAUAGUGGGAAAUCAGCCGUGGAGCAUCGCUGGCUGGCGCGGCAGCUUAAAGACCCGUAUGUGAAAGCUUCUCACGAACUAAACUAUCGGUGCCGAAGCGCCUUCAAGCUGCUGGAGAUAGACGACAAGUUCCAUAUACUACGACCGGGUUACAGCGUGGUGGACUGCGGUGCUGCCCCUGGAGCCUGGAGCCAGGUGGCUGUGCAGAGGGUCAACUCCGCCGGGACAAAACAAAACUCACCACGUGGCACGGUUGUUGGCGCUGAUCUGCUGCACAUCCCGCCUCUCGACGGUGCCCACUUCUUGUCUAGUCACGACGUCACGGAUCCGGCCACAGGCGCCAAGCUGCAGGAGCUGCUCCCCGGCGGCCAGGCGCACGUCCUUUUGAGCGACAUGGCGCCCAACGCCUGCGGCUUCAGAGAGAUGGACCARGAGAGGCUCAUCACAAUGUGUUUGUCUUUGAUAGACUUGGCUGACAGGAUUCUGCAGCCUCAGGGCUCUCUGCUGUGUAAAUUAUGGGACGGGCGACUCACUCAUCAUCUCCAGGAGAAACUCUCGAGUGCGUUUGGCAGUGUCCGGCCCUUAAAGCCAAACGCCAGCAGAAAGGAUUCAGCUGAGAUGUUUUUCCUCGCUCAGAUGUACAGAAAGCCAGUGCGGUGAUAUUUGCUGGCCUUUAUUUUUUUWAAUUUGUUUUAUGAGAAGCAGUUUUAUUGAAGCUCUCCCUCUGUGUGAGAUGUCUGAACACGAGGAGGCUUCUUUAGUUGCUGUUAUCAAAAGAUGGCAGUYUUGAGGCAUCGGUGAGUCUGCAGGCACAGAAGCAGCUACAUUAAACACUGAUAUGUUUCUGGUCUAAACACAGUAACAGGCUAGCAGCAGUUCAUUAGUAAAACAGAAACCWAUGCAAGAAUCAAUGAAAUGUUCCUCAAGAGCCCAAUGAUAUAUAUUUUUUUCUCUUAAGUUAGUGUUUGCCCCAAGUGUUUGUUCUUCACACUCCGUUUGGUAUUUGCUUUCUUACAGGAAGUCCUCCAUUUCUGUUUAUGCUAAUAAUUUGCACUUCCAGUCAUGUGGAGUCAUUUUAUUUUUGAUAAGCAGAAAAACUCAUUUGUAAGUGUCAUGUACAGUAAGACUAAUAGAAGCUGUGAUGACACUAAAGUUUAGUGUUUGUUUAGAGCAGAGGUGCCCAAAGUGGGGCCCGCGGGCCAAAAUUGGCCCUCCAAGCCGUUUGAUUUGGCCCACAAGCAGUUGUCCUGGUUACUAGACUGUAAAUAUGUUAAGAUUAAAUAUAAAAUACAAGUAGCUACAAGAGGCAUUUAGAUUAGAUUUAA